CCCGCAAGCGCCUGGUCCGCCCGCCUCAGCGCUCCGCCGGCGAUGGAGAUGCUGGCGAGCGCCGUCCGGGCGCUGAACCUCCUGCUGCGGCAGCGCCGGCUUCAUGGGGCCCUGGCGGCCGUCAAGGGCUUCCGCAACGGGGUGGUGUAUGGAGCCAAAAUUCGAGCCCCACAUGCUCUUGUAAUGACCUUGCUGUAUAAAAAAGGAAGUCUACAAGACAAACUGAAGGCCAUUGCACUCGCCACCUACACUCAUUCCCGAAACCUGUCCCUCUUCGUCGUCACCUACAAGUGCCUGUUGGGAGCUCAGCGCUGGUGGCAGGGUAAGGAGGGACAGCUGCACUCAUUCCUGGCGGCUUGUGUCGGCGGCUGGUUGGUGUUCGGAGACAACAACCACAUCAACAGUCAGAUAAAUAUGUACCUGCUGUCUCGCGUCCUCUUUGGACUGUCCCGACUGGCCGUGGAGAAGGGCUACUUGCCGGCGACAAAGCGGGACCCAUUCCCGCUGUUUGCUACCUUGGUGUGGGGUCUGGUCCUUUGGCUGUUUGAGUACCACCCACACACACUGCAACCGUCACUCCAGUCAUCAAUGACCUACCUCUAUGACGACAGCAAUGUUUGGCACGAUCUCUCGGACUUUCUGGUUUACAACAAAAAGAGGACGUAAAUGAGGAGAUGAAAACCAAAGCAACUUCUCUCUGGCAGGAUAUUACGUUCAGAUUAAUGUUCAUUUUCCUCUCUACUUGGAAGACCUUACUUACUAGGUGUUAUUUUCCCAAGGGAGAAUCAAUCACAGCAGGGUACAAGGUAUCACUGAUCAUGUAAGCAGUAGUUUAGUGCGUAUUUGUACACGGGUUACUGUCCAAAGGGGAAAGAAUAAGCACCGUGGACAAUGUGUUUCCCUCGUUCUCUAUUACACUGGAGUAUUUGGGCAUAUUCUGACCAGUUUGCCAUUGCCUGCAGCUGGAGGGGCUGAGGACCCUGGUGUAUAGGACAGAACUUGUGUACGAGUGAUUGCUGGUUGGCAUGGUCUCGGUGGUCCGAAGGGCCUGUCUCCACACUCUAAACUAAACAUCCCAACGUUUUCACUUAGUGCCCUGACUGAUUCAUGGCAAUCGUGCCAAAUACCUUCUGCACCAUCCUGUCGACAUGUGUUGACACUUCCAGCCAACCAGGUACUUGUUUGUACCCUGAGACCUUUCUGUUUUACACCAUUCCCCAAGACCCUGCCAAUCACUCUGUAAAUAUUACCCUGGUUUAAAUGAGCAAAAUGCAAAACUUUGCACUUGUCAGAGUUAAAUUCCGUCUGCCAUCCGUUGGCCCAAUUUGCCAGUUGAUCUAGAUCCUGUUGUAUUCUCAGAUAUUCUUCUCCACUGUCCACUUUACCACCAGAUUUGGUGUAAUCUCCAAAUAUGCUAAAUUUUCACCAAUUCACAAUUCGGGCAGUACUGUGGUGCAGCGCUAGAGUUGCUGCUUUACACCGCCAGAGACCCGGGUUCGAUCCUGACUGCGGGUGCUGUCAUUACGGAGUUUGUACGUUCUCUGUGAUGGCGUGGGUUUUCUCUGCGUGCUCCAGUUUCCUCCCACACUCUGAAGACGUGCAGGUUUGUAGGUUAAUUGACCUCUAAAUUGUUCCUAGUGUGUAGAAUAGAACGAGGGGAAAAGUGGUUGCUGGUUGGCGCAGACUCGGUGGGCUGAAGGGCCCGUUUCCAUGCUGUAAAGCCUCCAAACUAAAUAAUCCUUCACUAUCACUCCCUGACUCCGACUAGCAAGCCAAUGUUGUACCCAUUUGGCUAAUUAACACUGGAUCCCAUAUGAUCUAAUCUUCUUGUCAAAGGCCUGCUGUAGUCCAUUUGUUUUUAAUUUAAAUAUUAAAACUGUUGAUGGAAGAUAUUUAAUGUAAAGAGCAUUUACAGGUCACCGAGUGGCUUUUAUAUCUAAUGUUGAACUGCAGAGUUAAUUGUAACAUUUAAUACAAGAUUAUUAUUUCAAUAAAAUGGGUUUGCAACAUG